UUGGCCAUGCUAUCAGUAAACUGCAUUGUUUACGUAACACACGUAGGUGUCUUAAGAUUUUUAAUGUCAACUCUUAAUUUUCCGCUGACGGAUAUAAAGCAGUCAACAGACGAAAAUGGAAACAAAAAAUGAAUCGCACGUGCUCAUUGCCAUGGAUGAAAGUUCAUACUCUGAUUACGCCUUUGAAUGGUAUCUUGAGAAUAUGCACCGACACGGCAACUACGUAAUUCUGUUUCACGCCGUCGAGUUCCACACACUGGCAGCAAUACCGAUUGGUGCCGGCAGCGUAGGCCUGAUUAAUCAGAUGAUGGCGGAAGAAAAGGUGCACGCGGAGGAAUACCUUGAAAAGCUCAGCACUAUAUUAAAAACACACGGACUACACGGUAAAGUGAAACAGACGACAGGAUCGCCUAGGACGGAGAUCAUCCGGGUUGCAGAAGAGGAGAAAGCUGACGUCAUCAUCUGCGGCACGCGCGGGAUGGGCAAGGUGCGCCGAACCUUAAUGGGCAGCGUCAGUGAUCACGUAAUGCACCAUUCGCACGUGCCAGUUCUCGUCUGCCGCCAUAAGGACGACCACCAUAACCGUGUUCACGAGCCUCAAUCCGAUAAAAUGUAGUCUUAUUUUAAUGAUUAUUAUGAUAUUUUGAAGGAUGGAUUUUUCAAUGUAAUUCAAAACGAUGUAAACACAAAUUCACAAGUAUACAUAGCAUUAAAAUGCAUAUUGUGUUGUUCAAACCAUUUAUAUAAUCGUUUUUUGUUUUGAUAUUUCGAUAAUAAAAUCUUAGAUUUGU